AUUGCUUCUGUUUUAAACGGAUGCCUGGAAUGUUGAGACAUGCUUACUAAGGAGGCUAGUAGCAUUGAGGCUUCCCGUAUCAACGGUGCGAGAAAGUCUGUCUGACUUGGUCAAUUUGACUUGCUACUGUUGUGACCCUGUCUGUAUUUACUCAUGACAUUGUGUUCCAUUGUAGCUAGCAAGUCAGACUUGGCAGUAAUACUAAGCAGGCAGCAGGACUGUUGUUGUAUAGUGCUUGCGACAACAAUAUCCUCGUCCAUGACCGGACUGUCAAAACUACAACACACAAGACAGUCCGAUUUUUCACCUCCCUUACACCACAUCACUGCAACCUCGAGUAGAAGUCGAAAGCACUAUUGACGAUCUAUUUAACCCCACCUCGAGUUCAGGACAAAGCACAAUCAGGCAACAAUUUGGGCAAUAUGCCCCCCACCACCUUCAACAUCAAGAUCUACUCCGACACCGUAUGCCCAUGGUGCUACAUCGGGCUUAAAACCCUCGAACAUUCCAUCCACCUCUUCAAAACCACCUACCCAAUCGCCUCCCAUGACAUCUUUUCCAUAACCUGGUCACCCUACUACCUCAACCCCUUUGCACCCACUCCCGGUAUCCUAGCUUCCACACGUAUAGCACAAAAAAACGGUGCCGAGCGUGCAGAAGGUAUAAAACUGCGACUGUCACGUGUAGGUCGCGCUCAUGGUAUAAACUUCACUUUUUCAGGGAAAGUGGGAAACACCAGGGAUUCGCAUAGAUUGAUUCUCCUAGCUGGGCAAAAGGGAGAGGAUGUGCAAGGGAGGGUUGUGGAAGAGUUUUUCAGGGAUCAUUUCGAGGGUGAAGGGGAUGUGUCGUUGAGAUGUGAUUUGGUAAAAGGUGGUGAAGAGGUUGAUCGAGAGGCUGGACGAGCUAGGGAUUCGGGAGUGACCUCAGUGCCGACUUUUGAGAUCAAUGGCAAGAGACUCGAGGGUGCAGAGGAUCCUUCGGCUUUCUAUGAGAUGUUUGCGGAGAUCAAGGCUAGGGAGCAGGAGACGUCCGGAUGAAACAAUGAGGCAACUGACCCUGUCAUUAUGGUCUCUGAGCUCUCGGCGAUGCUCUUUAGAGGUCACAAAAGGUUCGUACAUUCCGACAGCCACCAGGAGUCGAGAG